CCCGUCUCUCAGACACUGCUCCUUGGACCCCGACCAACUUAUACUUGGUGACGCUAUAGUUUCCUAAGCAAUCAUACCUGAGGCGGAUGCUGGGUGCCGCGGCGUCCUGAUUUUCGGUGUCUGAACAGACCUACCCUCCGCUCAGGCUUCGAGCAGGUGCACACGCGCACAAGAUAUGGAUGCAGUGGAGAAGGCAAACUCGGAACGCCAGAAACGAUGGAUAAAGGAGAGGAAGGUUGGAGAAGGUACCUAUGCCGUUGUAUACCAGGGGAAAGAAGCGGCAACAGGUAGAAAGGUGGCCAUCAAGAAGAUCAAAGUCGGUCAAUUCAAGGAUGGACUAGACAUGUCCGCCAUCCGUGAAGUCAAAUACCUACGAGAGCUGAAACAUCAGAAUGUUAUCGAGCUCUUAGACGUGUUCUCCAACAAAGCCAACCUCAACCUUGUACUCGAGUUCUUGGAAUCCGACCUUGAGAUGAUAAUAAAAGAUCGCUCUCUCGUCUUCCUUCCCGCCGACAUCAAGAGUUGGAUGGCAAUGACUUUCCGUGGUAUAGAGUUCUGCCACCGAAACUUCGUCUUACAUCGAGAUCUCAAGCCCAACAACUUGCUCAUCGCCGCCGACGGUCAGCUCAAGGUUGCUGAUUUUGGUCUUGCGAGAGAUUUCGCGGACCCAGGCUACAAAAUGACGUGCCAGGUCAUCACUCGAUGGUAUCGGCCGCCAGAGCUGCUCUUCGGGUGUCGCUAUUAUAGCUCAGCCGUCGACAUGUGGUCCAUAGGGUGCAUCUUUGCCGAGCUCAUGCUCCGAACGCCGUAUUUACCCGGCGAGAGCGACAUGGACCAGUUGAAGACCAUCUUGCGCGCCCUAGGUACCCCGACUGAGGAAGACUGGCCGGGCCACACCAAACUUCCAGAUUACGUGCCAGUAGGCCAAUUCCCGAAAACGUCCCUGCGCGAUCUCUUCACCGCAGCCAGCGCCGACUGCCUCAACCUCCUCGGCAAAUGCAUGGUAUACGAACCGCGGAAGCGUAUCAGCGCGAAACAGGCGCUUAGCCACCCGUACUUCUUCGCCUUGCCGUACCCCACGCACCCCUCAAAGCUGCCGAAGAUCAGCACCGCCCAGUCCUCGCGGCCGCUGGAGGAGGUCGACGGGAACGUUGAGCCCGCCGGGUCUGGGCCCGGCGUGAAGGCGAAUCCGCCCAACAAGCUCAAACGCAAGAUGAGCUCCGCAGACCAGGCCAAGAGUCGGAUCAUCGCCAGAAAGCUCGACUUCGGUCAAGUCGCGCCUCCCUCGUCUUGAGCUGUUUUCACCUGACGAGCAGCCUGCGUAUCUUAGCACAGUUUGUUUGUAUCCAUAGUCAAGUUCUAAUAUGUACAACAACUCGCAACGCC